AUGUCAGCGAAUGUAGGUACAGCCCAUCAGCAACUUCUCGCACUCGGCGAGCACGAACAAGAUGGAUGGGAAAAGGCAUGGCAAGAUAAUGUAACACCAUGGGAUGGGCUUGGGGACGUCCAGCCCCCUCUCCGGGACCUGCUUGUCUCCGUAGAGGACGACAAGCUCGUCCAGUUUCCACGCGGCGAGGGAAGGGCACUCGUUCCUGGAUGUGGAAGGGGAUACGAUCCUAUCUUCAUAGCACGUACGCUCGGGCUGGAUGUUCUGGCUGUAGACAUUUCGCAAAGUGCGGUAGACGCCGCAAAUGAGCUGCUGCUGAAGACAGGAAGCGUCGCGCCUGGACGAGUCACGUUCCAUGCUCAAGACUUCUUCGCAUUUGGCGUGCGCGAGGAAGAAAAGUUUGAUCUGAUAUAUGAACAUACACUCCGAGCGCAAUGGGGCCAGCAAAUGAACGCGCUUGUCAAGCCUGGGGGAUUAAUUGUCGCACUGGUGUAUCCUGUGGAUCCUCCGAGAGAAUGGGGCCCACCGUACGCGGUUCGGAAGGAGGAUUAUGAAGAGGUUUUGGGCACUGGGUGGGAUAUCAUCCUCGAACGGAUUCCAGAGAUUAGCAUCGAGAGUCACAAGGGACGAGAGACGAAUAAAUUGAAGGCAAUUCGUAGGCAGGACAAUGUGACUCCUUGGGACAAUCUUGGGAGUGUUCAGCCACCCCUAAAGGACCUGCUGGAAUCGUCAGACGACGAUCAACUCUGCAAAUUCCCGAGAAAAGGCAAGGCCCUUGUCCCAGGAUGUGGGAGGGGAUAUGACCCAAUCUUUAUCGCCAGCACUCUUGGUUUGGAUGUCCUUGCCGUCGACAUUUCUAAGAGCGCACUUGACGCGGCGAAUGAAUUGCUUGCUACUAGUUCUGUCUUGCCAGGCAACGUGACGUUCAAGGAGCAAGACUUCUUUACAUUGGCCUUCCCCGAAACUGAAAAGGUGGAUUUAGUCUACGACUACACGCUACGAGCGCACUGGGGACAGCAAAUGAACGCCCUCAUCAAAUCAGGAGGGCUACUUGUUACACUUGUCUUUCCAAUCGACCCGCCGCAGGACUACGGACCGCCAUUCUUCGUGCGUAAGGAGCACUAUGUAGAGGCACUUGGGGACGGGUGGGAACUUGUACUUGAGAGGGUUCCAGAAGUCAGCAAGGAUAGUCACGUUGGACGAGAGCUACUAGUUGUAUGGAGAAAGAAAUAG